AUGAAAGUCCAUUCAAGCAUGAGUCGCCUUGCUCUUUCGCCCACCCGUCCAUUAUCCCCCGCCGUACACAGCACAAGUACUUUGCUGUAUAUGAGACAGACUCGAUAUCUCAAUGGCAAGCUUGACACUCCACAUGCCAAGCGACAACAUACAACGAGUACACAUAUUGGCCAAAAGUCAUCAUGGACACACCCCAUAUAUAGCAAAGAUCAAAUCCUCGCUGUUCGAACCGCACACAGAGAAGCAGACACCUGGCAAGACAAAGUCGCACUUGGAACUGUACGCGUACUGCGCUGGGGCAUGGACUUUGUCUCAGGAUACCGGCCUCGAACAGUUGGCAGAAAUGGAAAAUCCACAACGUACAUCAUGACAGAAGAGAAGUGGAUCACAAGAUUCAUCUUCCUGGAGAGUGUAGCAGGCGUACCAGGCAUGGUAGCCGGAAUGCUUCGUCACCUCAAAAGCAUUCGCAGAAUGAGAAGAGAUAACGGAUGGAUAGAAACACUCCUCGAAGAAGCCUACAACGAGAGAAUGCAUCUCUUGACCUUCCUGAAGCUCGCCGAGCCCGGCCCAUCGAUGCGAUUCAUGGUCCUGGGUGCCCAAUGGGUAUUCUUCAGUGGGUUCUCGCUCGCGUACCUCGUCUCGCCGCAAAUUUGCCAUCGGUUUGUUGGGUAUUUGGAAGAAGAAGCUGUCAUCACAUACUCUAAGGCUAUUCGGGACCUUGAGAAUGGUCAUCUGCCUGCGUGGAGUAGCUUACAGGCUCCUGCGAUGGCUGUCAAGUAUUGGCAGAUGCCAGAAGGACAACGUUGUAUGCGAUCUUUGUUGUUGUAUGUCCGAGCCGAUGAGGCCAAACAUCGCGAUGUCAAUCAUGCGCUGGGAAAUCUGAACCAGGAUACGGAUCGAAACCCGUUCGCUGCUCGUGUUGGAGCCCAGGUUGAGUCUGUUGCUCGUUCGGCUGGACUGCGCCAAUUACAUGGGGAAGGCAACCGGAAGGAAAAUUGA